UUCAUCUCGCCGCUCACUCGGUCAGUCAGUCGCGCGUCGGACCCGGGCAACCAUACAACUUGACUAUUUUCUAGUAAUUAAACACCAAAAUCAGAACAAACAUGAGCACCAAUGAAAAUAACAGUGAAGUGGCCGUUGACAAGGUCGCGGAGGAGAAAUCGGAAGCAAAGAGUGAUCUAAAAGGAGCCAAAAGGGCAGCAGAGGAGAAAACAACAGAGGCGAAAAAGGCGCGAAAGGAGGAGAAUGGCGGCGGCGGAGACGCGGAACAACACAGCGACGAGGAAGACCUAGAUGGAGAGGGCGAGGGUGAAGAGGAUGACGACGAAGAUGCGGAGGGAGAGGAGGAAGACGAGGAAGUAUUAGGAGAGGGCGAGGACGACGAUCUCGAAGAUGAGGAAGUCGAGGAGGAGUUAUUAGGAGAAGAGGAGGAGGAGGACGCGUAAUACGCCUCGGGCCUCUGUAUGGACAAUGUCACAGUGAAGUGUUAGUGCUUGUGACGCCCGGACUGGCGCGGCCUCGCCUCGCCUCAACUGCCUGCGACAGCCCCAUCAACAGCCUGAAAGCAACUACAGUUGGGAACACGCGAGGCCGACAUCGCUCCCACCUAAAACGGGUGCAGUUCUAUUUAAAUGACAUAAAGUAAUUAAGUCAAACCCAAUGCAGAAUCAAUUUUUUACAAUGUUUAAGUUUGGUACCGAAGCUGUAUCUUUAUUUUCUCCGGCUCGUUGAAACGAGCAAUAUAAUUAAGACUUAGUAGAAUGCUGUUGAAUAUUGUCAUGAAAUGUACAAAUGUGUUUUUCGAAAGUAAACUUUAUUCUAAGUGAAACCCACUCUGUAUUCUAGGUUUACCUAUGAGUCCGUUGAAUGGUGAAAUUGUGAUAUUUUUCUUUUAAAUAGGGACCCACCAGUUCAUAAAUAAACAAGAAGCUAGAAGUAAGUCCGUAAUGGCAUUGCAGUACGAAUAAUAGUGAAUAAGCAAUUGUCACAAAGCUCAAUUCUUCAUUUCGUGUUGUUGAUGAGAGUUUGUGUGUACAUAUUUAGCGUAAGUGAAGCCUGUGAUUUAUAAAUCAUUAACGUGACAAGUGUGAUUGUUGCAUACAGGUUUUUAUUAUUUCCAAUUUACUUCAUCAAUUCGGUGCUCCUUUCAGAUCUUAAUACUGCCUGGACCGGAAUUAAAUAAACAAUGUUUGGUACGAGAAGUCGUUCAGGAUGUUUCGCAUCUGCACGGAGAACCUAACUUGAUUUUGCUGUAGACAUGUUGAUAUUCACAAGAUAAGUUUUAUUAGAAAAACAUCACAAUUUUACCAUUAUCUCGUGCACAUCGCGCGCCGGGGCGGCCGGCGGCUCCCCAAGCGACUGAUAAAGAGAGCGCGACGACCGUCGCGCCGCACGAUAUCGAAACCUUAUAAACCGGCCUGUAAUUUUUUUGUCCAUAUUGUUAAUUAGGAUAGAACCUUCAGUUCGGUAUUCCAGUGUUUCGAGGAGAAGUAAGAGAUUCCUAGGUUAAAGUGAUUUAGUAUGUAGGAUUUACGUCAUUUUUACGAGAGGACGCCAUAAGCCGCGAGCGGGUCGAGGGGCGCGGGCAGGGCACGCGCGUCACGGCGCGGCGGAGAGGGAGGGAGGGGGGGGGGGCAGGCGGGGCCGCGUGGCCUCGUUCGAUUUGCCGGCACGCCGCGCGCCGCGGCCCGCGCCCGGCGUCGCCUGCGUGCCUCCCCGCGCCCUCGCCCCGCGCCGGCGUCUGCCGAGUCCACCCUUCACUACUUCAUAGCAACGCGUUCCCUCGUGUGGAAAAUCACCCAUCGCGCGUUAUACACCGCCGCUCUGCGUCGUGAAUCGGCUCGACCGGCGAUGUAUUCGUGCCGGCGCAAUCAGGUGGCGGUCGCUCACCUAGACGCCGAUUGUAUUGUAUCACGACUGUUUUUGAUACUUGUCGUUAAAUCCGUUUUCUACGCUGUCUUUCGCGGGGCACUGGUGCUUCGCGGCUAUUGAAAUUGUUUUUAAAAAAUCUUAGGAAACCUAAUCCCCGGGGAAGGACGGCUAGGUGGUCUAUACAAUAAAGCAUUUAGAUAAUUGUUCCGUUGGAGAUUGAAUACCAAAGGGAGCAAUAUUGUUUUCAUUAGAAUCGAUUGACAUUGAAAUAAAUAAAAUUUAAUUAUCUUAUGAUUUAAUCCUAUCGACCCGCCUUUCGUUUUGUGGUAAGAUUGAGCUGUCGCUGUGUACAAUGUACGACUAAUGUGAAUACCUUAGUACGAUUUUAUUUAUUUGUGAUGUUGAACACUAUUGAUUUUCUACAAUGGACGAAAUGUAAAUACAACCGAUUUUAAGUAAAAAGUUAUUUUGUU